AUGAACAGUCAUGACGUAAAUAAUCGUCUAUCUCAAAUACCAUUAAUUAAUAAAUCUAUUUUACAUUCAUUAAAUACAACUUUACAUCCAAGAGAACAAAUAUCUCAUGUUCAAUCAUUACUUAUUAUAUUUGAAACUGUUCGUAUUUCAUCUGCUAUUUGUUCUGUAUUAGGUGUUUUGGCUAAUCUUGCUCUUAUUUAUGUCAUUGCUAAUACUUCAUUUCGGCAUGUUAGUUAUGGUUUACUUAUAGCAACAAUUGCUUUUUUUGAUAGUAUUCGUCUUUUAUCUUCUAUUUUUUAUUAUCUAAUAUUUGCCAAUGUAAUUCCAAGAAAUUUCAUAACAAAAAUAAUCUAUGUUGUUAUUGAUCGAUAUCCAAUAUUUGUUGUUAAUUGGUGUAAGGUUCUUAUGUCAAUUGAACGUUUAUUAACAGUUCGAUAUUGGGAACAUCAUACUCAUUUAGAUUGGCGUUCAAAACAUAAACGUAAACAACAUCGUCAAUUUACUUAUGCAAUAAUAUUUAUACUUAUCAGUGGUUUUAUAAGUCAACAUCCAAAUUUUUUUUCUCAACGUUAUGAAUUUAUUGAUAUAAAUUAUCAACGUUUAAUGUUUGUUAUAAAACAAAAUCCAAAUUUUAAAUAUGGUUAUUAUAAAUUUAAUAAUACACUUUUUACAAUAAUAUCUUAUUUAAUACUUGAUACAACAAUGCCUGUUUUUAGUGUAUUAUUUGUUAAUAUACUUCUUUUAAAAGAAAUUAGACGAUUACCAUUAUCACUUCAAGUUAAAGUUAAAGAAUCAAUUGGAAUAUUAUUUUUUUUAACAGGACUUUCAAUUGCAAUUCUUCCACGAGCAUUUAUUGCUCUUUAUGGUCAUUAUGUAUUAGAUGAUGAUUAUACAUUAUUAAAAAAAUUAAGUAUCUCAUUUUAUAUUUGUUUAGGAUUUGAAUAUUUUAAUCAUGCAAUAACAGGUUAUACAUGUUUUCUUCAAUCAGCAUUACUUCGUAGUGAAUUAAAAAAUAUGAUUUGGACAAGAUAUAUUGUACAUCAUCUUCAUGAAUAA